AUGUGGAGCAUGCUACUCAUCGGCUGCUGUUCAUCAUUACAGGCUUCAGCCAUGAAGAUCCAGGAGGCACUGAGUGGGAUAGACAUGGGAAGAGUGUACAGGAUCCCCAGGGGGGAUGGGUGCGAGGGGAUGACCAGCCUUGAUGGGUCAGCCCCGAAGGGAGACGACCACUGUGGAGAUCCAUCUCCUGUGGAGGCCCAGCUCUCUCCCCUUCCUGGAGGGUCUCUAAUCCAGCAGCUUUUGGAGGAGGAUAAUGAACCCCUGCCCUCCCCUCGCUCGCACACCUUCCGACAUGGCCAGAGGUUUGAGGAUGACACUGAGGUCCCACCCUCCCCACCCAACACGCACUCCUUCGUAAGUCGCCAAAGGAGCUUGUCUCUGGAUGCUUCCGUGGAUGACCGACAGGAGCUGACUGCUGCACAGGUCACCAAGAAGAUUCAUGCCCUGAGAAGGAAGGUCCGCAAGUAUGAGGAGAAGUUUGAAGAACAGCACAAAUACAGGCCCUCUCGCAAUGACAAAGCUGCAGAUCCGGACGUGCUCCGAUGGCUAAAUGAACUCACAAAGCUUGAAAAGGAGCUGAGAGAUUGCAGAAUGAGGCCGUCAGAGGACCACCGGCACCUCGGCGCCCGGCAACGUAGCUACACACUGCCCCGCAACUUUGGGUCUCAGAUGGAGAAGGCGGUGGACCCAGGGAGCACACAUGAUGCCCUGCGGGGUCGACUGAGGGAGGAGGACGCAAAAGAUGAGACCCACGCUGAGGUCAGGGUCGAGAUGGCAGAGCUGCAAAAGACCCUACUCUACUGCGAGAAAGUCCACAGCGGGAUGGUCACCAAAAGCGAGAACGAGACUUUGAAGCCACUGUCAGACAGACACCGGCUGGUGAAGCAGCUUUUUGGCCGACCUUCUAUUAUCCCUGUGAUUGAGGAAGAAGAUGAUGAAGAACUGCAGAAUGAGUUUGCUGUGACAGUGAAGCCCAACAUCAGAAUGCUCGGUCUCCUGGACCACCUGGAUGAGGAGGACUGCUUCAUCUUGCCUUUCAACAAGAUGUCCUCCAAAGACAGCAGUGACACUCAGCUCUCUAACCUGCAUCUCACCACUAUGUCUGAGCUUCUGGAGCAGCUCCAAGAGGCCAGGGUGAAGAAGACGAAAAUUCGACAGAAACUCAGAGAAUUCGAAGAUGCUUUUUUCAGGAUGAAUGGAAGAAAUGUGCAAAAGGAAGACCGCUCAGCCUUGGCCAAGGAGUACAGUGAAUACAAGAACAUCAAGGCAAAGCUGAGACUAAUAGAGGUGCUCAUCAGGAAGCGAGACUCUGAGGAUUUUUAA